GCAGGCAUGACUUCCUUAUAUGUGUCUCACCUAAUACUCGCCGGACUCAUAGGAAUUCACAGUAAAAUUGUUACAGUGAGUAAAGCAUCAGUCGAGGCUGGAGGCUCCAUCUCCAUCCCAUGUCUCUAUGAGUUGGGCUACAUUAACCAUGUGAAAUACUUGUGUAAAGGUAAUACUUGGCAAUCCUGCUCAUAUGCAGUUAAAACAAACCAGCCACAUCAUUCUGAAAAGUUUUCAAUCUCUGAUGACACAAACCAAAGAACGUUCACUGUGACUAUUAAUGAUCUGACGGAUGAUGGCGGUAGAUACUGGUGUGCUGUGGAGAAAAGAACAUUGGAUGUUAAACAACGUUUUGAGCUGUCAGUCACCGCAGGUAUGCCAAGUCUGUACGUGGACCAUCAGGAAAUUACAGCAUUUGAAGGAAGAAGUGUGACUGUCAGGUGCUACUGUAAAUAUUCAAAAGUAACACAGUGGUGCAGGCUGGGCAGCACCUGUGUGUCAGAUCAGACUGGAUCAAUAGAUGGAACAACAGUGACCAUCAAUGAAAGUGUCCCAAAUGGUUUCACUGUGACUAUGAUGGAACUAAAGACAGAGAGCAGUGGCUGGUAUUGGUGCAAAAAUGGAGACUUUCAGAUGCCAGUGCAUGUAACUGUUCAUGAAUUAACAACAACUACUACAACUACAUUGAGCCCCAGUACAGCAAACUUUACAGGGACACUUCCAACCACUACCCAGCAUUCCUCCCUGCUUACAAGUGCAGAGCCACAUACAGCUCAGGCCACAAACUCCACCGUAAACAGGGCAGGCGGAGAUGAACAAAAGAGUUCCGCUAUUGUGACGAUUCUCAGCACCACCCUCGUCUUACUGCUGUUGGUUGUUCCCGCUGCCUUUUUUGGAUGGAGGAUGAUGAUAAAAUGUAAUAAGACCAAGCCGGAGGGGUCUGACAUCACUGUGUGCUCACAAAUUGGAAGUGAUCCUGAUGUGCACUACGCUACCAUUGUUCACAAUCAACAUGUAGGGGCCCAGCAGAAGCAGAAUGAUAUACCCAAAGAGAGUGUGACAUACAGUACCAUUGUAAUAAAGGAUAGUGAGCGACAAAUGACUGAACCAGUAGAUGGAAGUGUGAUCUACAGCACACUAAAACAUAAUAAGUGCUAAUGAGCAGAAAAGAUGGGAGGACUUUAAUCCAGCAAGUGCUGCAUCACUGAUGAAAUAAUUUCGAUGUACUGUGGUGGAAGUUUCAUGCAGCAGAGUAAAGAUGUCUUCAAUAACAAAGAUGAGGAAAAUCAAACUUUCUUUGUUUGUUUUAUUACUUUCAAGCAGAAACAUAACUUUCACAAAACAUCAGAGUGCAAUGUGGAAGAGUCAUAAGUAUUAUUGCUCGAGAGUGGACAGCUGGUUUCACCGCACUUCUGCAGAGUGCAGAGAAAGAGCUCUCAAAGUACAUGCAGAAAGUCAGUCUCUUUUAUACACAGAAAGCAAAGAACUCUUGAAUAGGAAACCCAAUGGUCAACGGUGUAUGACACCUAGAAAACAGGAACAGCUAAAAGGGUAUAAUUUAUGAAGCCUUAAGAGCAGCAAACAUCUGAAUGCACUUGUCAAGGUUCAAUCCAUGUCUCGUCACUCUCCCGCUUCUAUGUCUGAACAUUUGCUGUCUCUAUGACCCUUAGGUCAAGCCACAGUAUAUGCAAUGUCUAUUUUAGCACAUAAUGGUGGUGCAUUAUCACAAAGAAACAGUUUCCCCUUUUGCACUAGAUUACGUUUUCAAUAGUGUUCAUAUGUUCUCUUGUUACAAAUAAGCAUGAUUAUACAUUUUCCAUUACAGUACACUUCAUUAGUAGUAU